AUGGACGACCCAAACGUCACGCAACAGCUUCGGCUGGUUAUCGUCCAUUCCUUAGAUACUUUCAACUAUAAGAAUGCUGAGUUUGCUGCUGAACACUUGGUGGCUCUCAACCCACAAGACCCAGAGCUGCUCUUCCUUUAUGCCUUGGUGCUUUACCGUCAGAGCAAGUAUAAACUGGCGUUCAACAGAACUUCAUCUGAACUAGCUCAUGGCCACUUGGGCUGCUCAUACAUUUAUGCUCGUCUGUGUCUUCAUUUGGGUAAAUAUAAGGAAGGUAUCUAUACGUUAGUUGGUGUGCUGCCGUUGUAUAACGAGACUGCCAAUGCUGAAACCAAACCACAAGGUCUGCCGUGGAAUCAGCUGCCUGAACCAGAAUCCUCGGCGGCGUAUUUUGCCCUGCUGAGACAAAGACAUGCCUACGAGGCCCAUAGACACCUUUAUCCUGAUCUGUCAGCUGUGUAUCACUUGCUAGGGGACUUAUACAAAGCAGAGGGAGAUACUACAAAGAGCGCAUUGAAUUAUUCUACAGCACUCAAGUAUAAUGUGUUUGAUUUUGAGGCUUUCCAGGAAUUGGCCAGACUGGGUGCUGAUGUACGCGUGAAGGCCAUUUAUAAGCCUAACCAGCGUCGCUCACUGCCUCUGCCAGUGCUUGAGCCAAAGAGUACCAAUACAAACGAUUCUGCAGGUAUAUCGAACCCAUUUGCAACGCCACGCUUGGCCAAAAAUGUUGAUGUUUCUACUCCCAGAAUCCUCAGUGCAUCAAUACCAGAUGCCCCAUUACGAAAGCCUCAAAAUGACGAAUUCACUAAACCUCCAGCACCAAUACUGGCGUCAUCAUUACAACAGGUCCCACAGAUACAGGUACCUCCUUCACAAGGGCCCAAGAAACAUCACUUCCCGAAGAGACUGUCUUUGGCACCUCCAUCAGCUCAGACUCGUCAAGGCCUCAAAAGAACAUCCUCUCAAGGCUUCAUGACAGAGUCUCGUCUGCCAUCACAAAGUGAUGUAGAUGCUGCAGAUAUCACACUUCGAAAACUCUUUUCUACAUUGGCAAAGGCUUACAAGUGUUUCUGCAAGUAUGAUUGUUACAAGGCCAUUCGUCUUCUUGAAUCAUUACCCGAAAACAUCAAGGAUACACCAUGGGCGCUUAGCAAGCUUGGCCGCCUCCAUUACGAGAUUGUCAACUACAAGCAAUCGCGUCGCUUUUUCAUCAGAUUACGACAACUGGAUAGAACCAGACUUGAAGAUAUGGAAUAUUACUCUACGUUGCUUUGGCAUUUACAGAAGAACGUCGAGCUCACAUACUUGGCAAAUGAAGUUCAUGAUAUUGAUUCUCUGCUGCCGAUUACCUGGUGUGUCAUGGGUAAUUUAUUCUCUUUGACCAGAGAACCAGACGAAGCCAUCAAGUGUUUUGACAAGGCUAUCAAGAUCGACCCGCAAUUCACAUACGCCCAUACACUUAAGGGCCACGAAUACUAUUCCAACGAUAAUUACGAGAAAGCUCUUGAUUGUUUCAGAUUGAGUCUUCUCAUGGAUUCUAGACAUUAUAAUGCACUCUACGGCAUUGCCGUGGCCAUCAACCCUAUUAAUGUGAUUUUGAUUUGUUGUGUUGGAAUGGUAUUGGAGAAACUAGGCAAGAAAUCAUUGGCUUUGAAACAGUACGAUUUGGCAAGCAAGCUUCAACCACUCAGCGCCUUGCCCAUCUUCAAGAAAGCAUCCCUCCUUUUCUCCCUUCAACAAUUUGACAAGGCAUUGGAGCAGUUUGAACUCGUCAAGGAGCUUGCUCCAAAUGAAGCUUCAGUGCACUUCCUUCUUGCACAGCUCUACAAUAUCCAGAAUGAUAAGUACCUGGCCAUCAGAGAGUUCACGAUUGCAUUAAACCUCGAUCCUAAAGGAAACUACUUGAUUCGUGAGGCGAUGGAGAUGCUCAAGGAAACAUAA